AUUAUUUCCGCCUCUAGGCUGGCGUAGAACCCUGAAUCCAUUUUGGUCCCACGGGCGAAGAAACAAAAGCCUGCUCGAUUUCUUUCCUUCAAAUCUUUCCUGCGAGCUUGCAAUCCCUCUUCUUGUAUUCAGCGGGUUUGAGGAAGUUCUUUUAUUUCUAGGGUUUUGGUCCGAUCAGUCGGUGGUGACCGCGGCGGCGGCUGUGGCGAGAUCCUCUGGAUUUUUGUGAUCAUGAGUGCGGUAAAUAUAACGAACGUCACGGUGCUGGAUAAUCCGACGGCGUUCCUUAGCCCGUUCCAGUUCGAGAUAUCUUACGAGUGCUUGGUUCCUCUGGAAGAUGAUUUGGAGUGGAAACUCAUAUACGUUGGAUCAGCAGAAGAUGAAACUUAUGACCAGCUGCUUGAGAGUGUGCUUGUUGGUCCUGUCAAUGUUGGCAAUUAUCGCUUUGUUUUCCAGGCAGAUCCACCAGAUCCAACCAAGAUUCGUGAAGAAGACAUCAUAGGCGUCACCGUGCUACUGUUGACAUGCUCCUACAUGGGGCAGGAGUUCAUCAGAGUGGGCUACUAUGUGAACAACGACUACGAUGAUGAGCAGCUCAGAGAAGAACCUCCUCCGACAGUUUUGAUCGACAGAGUUCAGCGGAAUAUCUUGGCUGACAAGCCUCGUGUGACAAAAUUUCCCAUCAACUUCCAUCCUGACCCUAGCGAAAACGGAGGGCAGCAACAGCAGCCGCCUGUGUCACCCGAAAACCGUACCAGCGAGGAACCACAGUCUGUCCAGCAACCCAAGUGUUAGUUUCAUGUGUGUAGAUUGUCAACAGCUUCAAGGUGUAGUCAUCUGGCCGAUGUAAUUGGCUCACCUGAGAGUGUGUGUACCAUCAAAUGGUUUUUGUGGAUGGCUAUGGUUCUUGUGGCUGAUGGAACUCGGAUUAAGCUCUUGACUCGAGCCACGUUCCUAAUGUGAUUUGAGGUGAUGCCUGCAGCCGUGGAAGAAGCUGCUCAUUUUGUAUCCUGAUCUGUACUGUAUGUAUUAUGCAAAUUAUGGUCUUCUCUGAUUUUGAUCA